GCUAAGUUGAGCAACCAAUAUUCAUCCCAAUUUAUAUGUGGAACUUCUGGACGAUCCAAAAAGAAAAAAAGAAAUGCUAAAAAAACAAAAAGGAAAACAAAAGAAUGUUCAUCAUGUACUUAUACAACGGUGCUGAUGUUUCAGCCCUGGGAUCAGAUCAUUCACGUUCACAUACCAUAGCUGGGAUUGUGUUGGGCUUUGUUGCGGGGAUUCUGCUACUUGCUGUGGUGGGCAUUUGCGUUCGAAUGAAGAGAAGGAGAAGAACAGCAGCUACCUUAGGUGUCAUUCCCUUCGCUAGUCACCGCAAUAACGAAUACAAGGACGACAAGGACUGGGAGCUUCCUCUAUUUGAUCUGGGGACAAUCAUUGCAGCGACCGACAACUUCUCAAUCAAAAACAAGCUUGGAAAGGGUGGCUUCGGUCCCGUGUACAAGGGAAUGCUUGGAGAGGAGCAAGAAAUAGCUGUGAAGAGGCUUUCAAAGACUUCCGCACAGGGCGCUGAUGAAUUCAUGAAUGAAGUGAUGCUGAUUGCCAAGCUUCAGCACCGAAACCUAGUUCGGCUUCUUGGUUGCUGCUCUCAAGGAGAGGAAAGGAUGCUGGUAUAUGAAUACAUGCCUAAUAAAAGCUUGGACGCCUUCCUGUUUGAUAAAGAUACAGGUGUGUUACUGGAUUGGCAAACCCGCUACAACAUUAUAGAAGGGAUUGCUCAAGGUCUUCUCUACCUACACCGAGACUCGAGACUUAGAAUUAUUCACAGGGAUCUUAAAGCGAGUAACAUUCUUCUUGAUAAAGAUAUGAACCCUAAAAUAUCAGACUUUGGCUUGGCAAGAAUAUUUCGAGGGGAUGAGACAGCACUAAAUACUCGGAGAGUUGUGGGGACAUAUGGAUACAUGUCUCCUGAGUAUGCCAUGGAUGGUGUCUUCUCGGUGAAAACUGAUGCAUUUAGUUUUGGUGUCUUAAUCCUUGAAAUAAUUAGUGGCAAGAAGAACAGAGGCGUUUCCAUAUCCGAGCAUGAAGGAAACCUUCUAGCACAUGCAUGGAGUUUGUGGAUGCAUGGUAAUGGCUUGGAACUGGUGGAUAAAUCAAUCAGCCACUCAAUUUCCAUGGUUGAAGCCUUGAACUGUAUAAAGGUUGGCUUAUUGUGUGUUCAAGAAAGUCCAAAAGACAGGCCGAAGAUGUCCUCUGUGGUGUUGAUGUUGGGCUGCAAGGAUGCAUCCUUGCCAGAUCCUAAACAUCCUGGUUUUUUUCCAACAAGAGCUUCCUCAAAAACCGAGUCAUCAAAAAGCAAGACAAACUCUGCAAGUAUAAAUGAAUUAUCAGUUACAAUAGUUGAAGGUCGAUGACUAUUAGAUCGAGGUGGUAAACUUUUCUCAUACCAGAGACAAGCUAUGAAAAGUUCUCGUUCUUUCAGUGUCUAUGCAUUCCUUUCUACUAUCUCAAAUUCUAAUCACAAGUCAGCAGUCCAUUAUUGUAAAUGACUUAUACUAGGUGUUUUGUAUAAUAUUUUGAAAAUAAUGAAAAAAAACUAAGAAUUCAUACUA